AGCGAAGUGCUAACAAAUCAAUUAAACUGCUAAUUAACAUAGCUUUAUAAGAAUGGGAGCAGGCCAAAGUCCAGCAGAUGCCUGUGAAACACAAGAAGCUCCACAAGGAACGACAGUAAAACUACUUCUGAGGAACCUUGACUGCAAUGUGGAUGACGGGCGCCUACACGAAGAAUUCCACCCUUUUGGAACCGUAAUCAAUGUACAGAUCAUUGUGGAGAAUGGCCGCCCCAAAGACACUGGCUUUGACACUUUUGCAUCUGCCGAUGAAGCCAGAAAUGCCAUCAUUAAGAUGAAGGCAGCAGGCCACUGUACAUAAGUCCGAUUCGGAGCAAGGAGGUGCAUGGAGCAAGGCACAGAGAGAGGAUGGAGAGGAGCCCAAAAGAACAUCCAGCUACAGCACCGCUCAGUUGUACUGGCCAGCAGAUGAAUGUUGAAUGUAUUUGAAAUGUUUACUGGACUAUUAAUGUUUUUGGACAAUCACUGCUUCAGAUUUGACAAAACGUCUGCUAUAUAGUUAAACUUUUUAAAAUUUAAAUAAAGACAAUUUAACUAAGUGA